CUCUAGUCCUCCACGUUGCGGCGCCCUCUCUAUGGCGGAAGCGGGGGCGGGUUCCGGCGGGGGGGGGGGGGAAGAGGAGGAGGAGGAGGAGGAGGAGGAGGAGGAAGGCCGGGGGGGGAGCAGCUCCUCAGUGCUCAGCGUCCCCGCGCCAGGGCAUGCCGGCCCCCCCGGGGGGGAUCUGAGCAGAGCCUGGCCCAGGCCCCCUCCUCCUCCCCCCAGAAAGCCCCCGGGGCCGCCGCCGGCUCCCCCCGGCCCCGUUGGCCAUGGCCGACACGCUGGAGUUCAACGAGAUCUACCAGGAGGUGAAGGGCUCUAUGAACGACGGCCGGCUGCGGCUGAGCCGCCAGGGCGUGAUCUUCAAGAACAGCAAGACGGGCAAGGUGGACAACAUCCAGGCCUCGGAGCUGGCCGAGGGUGUGUGGCGCCGCGUGGCCCUCGGCCACGGCCUCAAGCUGCUCACCAAGAACGGCCACGUCUACAAAUACGAUGGGUUUCGGGAAUCGGAGUUCGACAAGCUGUCGGAUUUCUUCAAGGCCCACUAUCGCCUGGAGCUGGCGGAGAAGGACCUGUGCGUGAAGGGCUGGAACUGGGGCACGGUCAGGUUCGGAGGGCAGCUCCUGUCCUUCGACAUCGGGGAGCAGCCGGUGUUCGAGAUCCCCCUCAGCAACGUCUCGCAGUGCACCACGGGCAAGAACGAGGUGACGCUGGAGUUCCACCAGAACGACGACGCCGAGGUCUCGCUCAUGGAGGUGCGCUUCUACGUGCCCCCCACCCAGGAGGACGGCGUGGACCCCGUGGAGGCCUUCGCGCAGAACGUCCUGUCCAAGGCGGACGUGAUCCAGGCCACGGGCGAUGCCAUCUGCAUCUUCCGGGAGCUGCAGUGCCUGACGCCCCGCGGGCGCUACGACAUCCGCAUCUACCCCACCUUCCUGCACCUGCACGGCAAGACCUUCGACUACAAGAUCCCCUACACCACCGUGCUGCGCCUCUUCCUGCUGCCCCACAAGGACCAGCGCCAGAUGUUCUUCGUGAUCAGCCUGGAUCCCCCCAUAAAGCAGGGCCAGACCCGCUACCACUUCCUCAUCCUGCUCUUCUCCAAGGACGAGGACAUCUCGCUCACCCUCAACAUGAACGAGGAGGAGGUGGAGAAGCGCUUCGAGGGCCGGCUGACCAAGAACAUGUCCGGCUCCCUCUACGAGAUGGUCAGCCGCGUCAUGAAGGCGCUGGUCAACCGCAAGAUCACCGUGCCUGGCAACUUCCAGGGGCACUCGGGAGCGCAGUGCAUCACCUGCUCCUACAAGGCCAGCUCGGGGCUGCUGUACCCGCUGGAGCGCGGCUUCAUCUACGUGCACAAGCCGCCCGUGCACAUCCGCUUCGACGAGAUCUCCUUCGUCAACUUCGCCCGCGGCACCACCACCACCCGCUCCUUCGACUUCGAGAUCGAGACCAAGCAGGGCACGCAGUACACCUUCAGCAGCAUCGAGAGGGAGGAGUACGGGAAGCUCUUCGACUUCGUCAACGCCAAGAAGCUGAACAUCAAGAACCGGGGCCUGAAGGAGAGGAAAAAGGGAAUGAAGCAGAGCUACGACGAGUACGCCGACUCUGACGAGGACCAGCACGAUGCCUACCUGGAGAGGAUGAAGGAGGAGGGCAAGAUCCGCGAGGAGAACGCCAACGACAGCAGCGAUGGCUCUGGGGAGGAGACGGAUGAGUCCUUCAACCCUGUCGAAGAGGACGAUGACGUGGCUGAAGAGUUUGACAGCAACGCCUCGGCCAGCUCCUCCAGCGGCGACGGCGACAGCGACCGGGAUGAGAAGAAGCCGGCCAAGAAGGCCAAGAUCGUCAAGGACCGCAAGCCCCGCAAGAAGCAGGUGGAGAGCAAGAAGGGCAAAGACCCCAACGCCCCCAAGAGGCCCAUGUCCGCCUACAUGCUCUGGCUGAACGCCAACCGCGAGAAGAUCAAGUCCGACCACCCCGGCAUCAGCAUCACGGACCUGUCCAAGAAGGCUGGGGAGCUCUGGAAAGCCAUGUCCAAGGAGAAGAAAGAGGAGUGGGAUCGCAAGGCAGAAGAUGCCAGGAGGGACUACGAGAAGGCCAUGAAGGAGUACAGCGUGGGCGGCAGGUCCGAGAGCUCCAAGACGGACAGGUCUAAAAAGAAGAAGAAGAAGCAGGAGAAGCAGAUGAAGGGGAAAGCGGAGAAGAAGGGCGCUGCCUCCAGGUCUUCGUCCUCCACCAAGUCCUCUGCCAAGGGUCUGAGCGAGAGCUUCAAGAGCAAGGAAUUCGUCUCCAGCGACGAGAGCUCCUCCGCGGAGAGCAAGAAGGAGGACUCGGAGGAGGAGGGAGGCGCCAAUUCCCCCCCCAGCUCGGAGGAUUCGGCCUCGGGCUCGGAUUAGCGCUGUGCCCGCUGGCUCCAGGCUGGUUCCCAGCUCAGCGGGAGGACUGAGGGGCUGGGGCAGGGGGCAGGGGGCAGGGGCAGGGCAGGGGGCAGGGGAGGGCAGGGGGGCGCCCACCCAGCCCCGUCCCCUCAGCGCCUGGCCGGGGGGGGCGCGGAGCCUCAGCCCCGCUCCUCACCCACGGAUUUUUGUUUUUUGUUUUUUUUUUUUUAAACCGCUGGGGUUUGGUUUGGUCUCUCUCUUUUUGUUGGUUCCGUUUUGUAUCUGGGGUCCAUUCGCCUUGAAUAAAAAAAAACAAACACCAAAAACA